CUCAGUUGAUCCUCUCGUUAGCGGACAGUGAAGGUUACCUGCUUCAACAGUGCUUGAACGGCAACCUUUCUAACUGUCUUCAAACACCACAGGACGGGACUAAUAGCUCUGAUCAUUCAGAUUUCAAUCGACAACAUCAGAUCAAAUUUUAAUAACAGUAAAACUUCAGCUAGCUCCGUUAUCCUAAACAAAUUUAGCUUGACAGCUAGCUAACUGUUUGUUUUGCUAACAACGCAAGCCACAGCUUUUCGACCUCCUCACAGGAAAGAAGACCUGCCACUGAUAUUUGAACCAUGAGUUCCCAAGUGAGACAGAACUUCCACCAGGACUGCGAGGCUGCAAUCAACAGGCAGAUCAACCUGGAGCUGUACGCCUCCUACGUCUACCUGUCUAUGGCAUACUACUUUGACCGUGAUGACCAGGCAUUGCACAACUUUGCUAAGUUCUUCCGUAAUCAGUCACAUGAGGAGCGUGAGCACGCUGAAAAGCUCAUGAAACUCCAGAACCAGAGGGGGGGAAGGAUCUUCCUACAAGAUGUCAGGAAGCCAGAGAGGGAUGAGUGGGGCAGUGGUGUUGAGGCUCUUGAAUGUGCCCUGCAGCUUGAGAAGAGCGUGAACCAGUCACUGCUGGACCUGCACAAGCUCUGCUCUGAUCACAAUGACCCACAUUUGUGUGAUUUCAUUGAGACGCACUACCUGGACGAGCAGGUGAAGUCCAUCAAAGAGCUUGCAGACUGGGUGACCAACCUGCGCCGCAUGGGAGCUCCUCAGAAUGGCUUGGCCGAAUACUUGUUUGACAAACACACCCUGGGCAAAGAAAGCAGCUAAAUCCCUCCAUAUCACAUUUACAAAAGCUUCUAUAUGUGUAUAUUUGUAUCUUGCUUCCAAAUAUUUUCAAAGCCAUCUGCAUUGUAGUGGCUAGUCAUUAAAACCUCUUAUAUUACUCAUGUUGUUAAUGCCAUUUUCUCCAUAUUACAAAAGUAUUUGCCCCUGAGACAUUCAAAUCCCACUCUUGUAUCUCGCACUUCUCUCUCUGCUAUCAGCUAUGUCUUUGACAUUACUAUAUUUUUGCUGUUUUAUGCCAGGAGCUGUUUGUCAAACCAAAUAAAUGGAACCCUCUGGAUUCUGA